GUCCCGCCAUCGCUCACAGUGCAUACACAAUGGCAUCCGAAGAAGAACUUGUUUUCAACGAAGCGCAUGCCCCUCAUACGAACGCGAUCGAGGCCUUCCACACUGUCCUCCACGACAUCAAGGCCGCCAUCGUCAAAUCUCGCCACGAUUGGGACAAACACGAGCCCAAGAUGUGGUCUCGCGUGUCAUCUCUCUCCGAUUCAGAGCUCGUAGGCUUUGAUCUCAGCAGCGACCUCGUUCAAGUCCGUAGUGCACCCACCAGCUACGGCACCAUCAUCCUAGGGAAGAUCAGGAUCCCUGCGGUCAAGGAUGACCUCGGAGAAGGUUUCGUUCACGUUCGCAUCCACGACCCGCCGAAUAGAGGAACGGAAGAUGUCAAAUUUCACUCGCUCUUCACGGACGAAGGUCACAAGGACGCAGACGGACACCCGACGACCUGGCAGGCCGUCCAGAUAGCCGAGACCCCCUUGAAGUUCUUCAACGAGUAG